GAGAGAGAGACAGCAACUUCACUCUGCGAACCCUGUUGGCUGAUCCCACACGCAACAGAAUGAAAUCCUUCCUCCUCGCCAUCGCUGCCGUGCAGAUCCUCCAUUGCUCAGGUGUGCCAAGCACUAAACAUGCUCUGAGAGCCUCAGUUAUAAAGCUGAACGAAAUCACCGAGAUCACCAACCUGUGCGCAAUAACUGGGAGAAGAGUGACAAAUACUUACCGUACAGGCAAGCAUUCGUACAAUGUGGAUUUGACAUUUUCAGUGAAGGAAACUAUCUGCUCCAAAAAAUCCGGCAUGGAAUUUGAUACGCCUAGCUGCCGCUUCCGCCCCAAGAAGAUUGGUGAGAAAGGGUUUUGCAAAAGCCGUGUGGCAUAUUUUGCUAAUAAAGUGGCUGACGUUGAUGUGUUGUGUGAAGGUCUGAAGACCAUUGACAGCGAGAGUGACUCAUUAGAAUCGAGUGAAAACAGCUUUGAGGUCAAUAUCAAAUCCAAAGAGACAUCACUUGAGGACACAUCAAAUGCAAAAAGCAAAUCAGCAGAAACCUCAAUGGAUAAGCCAUCAAAGGUGAAAAGCAAGAGAACACAAUCAUUUUCAAACGAGAACAUCGUUGAUUCAAGAUGGCAUUAACCGUGGAUGAAGCUCUUGAGAGAUUGAGCUCUGUGAACACAAGAAAACCUCAUUCAAAGGUUCUACUUGUUUGUGUAAAAAGAGGGCACCUGGGGUUCUUGACUCCAACAUUGUACUGUAACCACAAGAUUCCAUUGAUUGUAAAUGUUUUAUACCUUCAUGUUUAGUUUUGUUCUCUUAUAUUGUAUCUUGUGUACUGUGGACCAAAUGGAAGUGUAAGUGUGUGAUAUUCUGUACAACUGUUGUCCAUUCUACUGUAGUGAUAAAUGCCUGCCAGCCAACCUCGGCUUUAUCCUGCAUUUGUAUUUUCUGACAAGAUGACCUACUUCACCACCACACAAUACCCAGGUGGUGUCCUGGUUUACUACUGAGCAGGUCAUUGAACUGGUCGAUCUUGGACACACUGCAAUCACACAUUCUUGACUUUUAUAACUGCAUUGUUGUUGCCAACUUAUAUAUUAUUUUUCUUGGAAACUGAUGAAUAAACUACAUCUAACAAAUACA